AUGUUCCGGGUGCUCGCCAGCUCCACAAUAGGCAGCUUACGUGCGACUCAUACACUGCGGCUAUCGCACAGCCUUCGACUGUAUGCCAGCACCUCCCCGAAAUGGUUGACCGAUGAAGAAGCCGCGAACGCCAAGCUGCUCGAAGCAGUGAAAAGCCGCGUGGACCAGUUCCAGACCGCGCAGGACUCGAUCCUGGAAAUCGAGCCGCAUCUCUCUGAUCCAGAUGAGACAAUUCGAGAAAUGUUCGCUGCCGAAAAGGAAGAGUUGCUGGCCAGCUUGGACGAGGCUCUCGAACCACUACCCGAGCUGCUCCUCCCAACGCCUGAAGUGGCCGAGCUUCCAGUGAUGAUUUCGAUCAACGCCGGCGUCGGAGGCUCCGAGUCAGCUCUCUUUGCCAUGGAAAUGGUCAGAGCCUACACACGUUACGCGAACCAGCGUGGCUGGAAGGUUGAGACGAUCAGCGAGACGAAAGGCCCAGACGAUAUCGGGGUUCGCGAAACCACAGUCAAGAUCGAGCCAGCGCCAUACAGUGAGGAGAACAACGAGGUGUACGGCAGUUUCCAGUGGGAAAAGGGUGUGCACCGUGUCCAACGAGUUCCUGCGACCGAAUCGCAGGGCCGUGUGCAUACGAGUACAAUCACGGUCAUCGUCAAUCCUAUUUACCCCGACAAGCCGGAGGCGCCGCUCGUGGAUCCGAAGGACGUUCGAACAGAUGUUAUGCGAGCUGGAGGUGCCGGGGGACAGCAUGUCAACAAGACAGAGUCUGCGAUCCGUUUAACACACUUGCCCACUGGGAUCACAGUGUCCAUGCAGGACUCUAGAAGCCAGCACCAGAACCGAGCUUGGGCAUGGGAAAUUCUGCGUGCGCGCCUCAGUGAGAGAAAGCACCAGGAAGAGGUAGAGGCCCGACGAGCCGCUCGUCAGAGCCAGGUCAAGAGCGCGAACCGCAGCGACAAGGUGCGGACGUACAAUUUCCCGCAGGACCGCGUCACCGACCACCGCAUCGGCCAGAGCUUCAACGGUAUUAGAGAUAUUGUGGAGGGCGAGCGGCUGGAGAUCGUCAUCGCCGCUUUACGUGAAGAUUUCAACAGCCGCCGGUUAGAGAGCAUUCUCCAGGGAGAGGGAGACUUAGACGAAUAG